UUGGCGCUCCCUCGUCGGCGGCCUGCCGUUGGCGGCCCGGCCUGCCGCGCUCCGCGCCCACCGGCUCCGGAGGUGGGGGGGGGGACCCGAGCCCCCCCAUCCCCCCAGGAAGAUGGUGUCCUGGAUGAUCUCCAGAGCCGUGGUGCUGGUGUUUGGAAUGCUUUAUCCUGCAUAUUAUUCAUACAAAACUGUGAAAACAAAAAACGUGAAAGAAUAUGUUCGAUGGAUGAUGUACUGGAUUGUUUUUGCUCUCUAUACUGUAAUCGAAACAGUAGCGGAUUUAACAGUUGCUUGGUUUCCCCUGUAUUAUGAGCUGAAGAUUGCUUUUGUCAUAUGGCUGCUCAGUCCCUAUACUAAAGGAGCAAGUUUAAUAUACAGAAAGUUCCUUCAUCCGUUUCUUUCUUCAAAGGAGAGGGAAAUUGAUGAUUAUAUUGUACAAGCAAAGGAAAAAGGCUAUGAGACCGUGGUGAAUUUUGGACGGCAAGGCUUAAACUUGGCAGCUUCUGCUGCUGUCACUGCAGCAGUAAAGAGCCAAGGCGCCAUAACUGAACGUUUAAGAAGUUUCAGUAUGCAUGACUUAACAGCCAUCCAAGGAGAUGAGCCUGUGGGCCAGAGACCAUACCAGCCUCUGCCGGAAGGGAAGAAGAAGAGUAAAGCAGGCCCUGGCGAGUCAGCAGGCUAUGGAAUUCCACUGAGAGAUAGAGAAGACGACACAGACGAAAAGACGGAUGGGCCAUAUUCAGAUGAUGAAAUGUUAACACAUAAAGGGCUUCGAAGAUCACAGAGCAUGAAAUCCGUGAAAACCAUCAAAGGCCGCAAAGAGAUGCGGUAUGGGUCACUAAAAUAUAAAGUGAAGAAGAGACCACAAGUGUAUUUUUAGCCACCUGUACUUCGGCUAGCCCAAGACAAGUAACACUAAUGAAUUGACUUCAUCUUCUAACAUAUAUUCAGAAUAUUGAAAUAAUUUUUAAAAUUAUGUCAGUGAUGGGAUUGAUGGGAUUUACUUUUGUGAAUUCAGUUUUUAUUUCUUUAAUAAGAUCUCCAAGUACUGACUACUAAAGGUAGUUAUGCAGGGUUUAUUAACAUAUGUGUCAGAAAUGAUAGAAAGUCAUGUUACCCGCGUGCAAGUUCAUCAGUAACCUUGAGUGCCUGGGAUAUGAGAUGAAACAUGAACCCACAGUAUACUUGAAGAGUCUUUUUUUAUGGUUCAGGAUACAUCAGCCUUUGUGGUAUUGUUUACCUCCAUGUAUAUUCUAUCACAUGAUGAUAAUAAUUAAAUUGUCUCUGACCUGGCAGUAGUAUAACAAGGAUAUAAUGUAAAAUAAUAAGGUUUUAUAUUUAGCCUUUAUUAUUUUUUUCUGUUUUCUAGUUUUUCUAUCAUCUGAAAGUUUAUGAAACAAAUAUUUGAGAACCAGGUAUACACAUAGCACUUUCUUCUAACAACUUUUGCACACUUGAAAGUUUACUUAUUUUACAACUGUAUAUGUACCUUGCAUUUUAUUGACACUGUCUUUCUUGUUGUAUGUCAUAUUCUGACAGGGCACAUUCAUGCUUUGAAUUACAUCAUCUCUUUUCCUGUGGGUUUCAUUUGGUAGAUGCAUUGGAUUUAAUCAUAUAAAAAUAGCUAAAUUUUAACAGUUUUUAAUUAUGUUCCUUACAAAGGAGAACUUAUUCCCAGCAUUAGCCAGUUUUCCUCAUUUAGUACAGUAUACUUGAAUUGAGCAGAUUUUUGUAGAUGCUGAUUAGAUUUUCAGCUUUAAAAAACGGCGGAUCUUGCAAAUAGAUUCAGAGAACACUGAGAUCUUUUCCAAUUCAUACAGUUAUCCAACAGGCAGUCUACUCACAAACUUAGCACUGAUACGUGCUUGCUGGCUUAUAAAUCUGGCAUGGACUGAAAUAGUUUGAAUCUCCUAGUUAAGAUAGAUUUCUAAAGAUGAAUACCAGCACAAAAUACCGACAUUGUUAAUCCUACAUAGUAAUUUGUUAUUACAGAAAAUACCAUUUGGAGUUAUUGAACUCUGGGGCUUUUCUUAGUUGUACCAAUAACUAUACAUUAGGAGCCAUAAGUCAUUAUUUAUUUUGGUGAUGGCUUUAAAUGAUUAAUAACCAAAUUUGUACUAUGCUUAUUUAAUUUAUACACUCUACUCAACUGUCCUACUUCUUUGUCCAAAAGAAAAACAUGAGAAUUGUGAAUAUUUUAUUUCUUUCACCUCUUAAGCAAUAGAUCCAGGUGAUAAAGUGUAUGUUUGAUCACCUGAAAGAGUUGAUCAAGAACAAAAUGUUUACUUAGAAGUCAUGUUUGCAUAAUUUAUUUGCUUUCUCUUCAUACUAAUCUUAAAAAAUUUCUUUUUUGGGAUAUCUCACAUUUUGGAUAUAUUUCGUUUUCCAAACCCACAGGUUUUACAUCCUUGAAGUCCUUCAAUCAGAACAAACAUAAGUAGCACUGUACCACUGUGUGCAGCCAUGCUUCUUGUUGUACCCUAAGCAAUACAACAUAACAGCUGAUGACACAGCACUUACGCUUUGUUAGAUAUUUUAAGUAAUCCAGUUUAAGGCAUACAGGAAACCGUGCAUGGGUUAGGUGCAAAUAAUAUGCUAUUUUUCCUAAGGGACAGCUGCAUACAUAGUACCAGGUGAAAAUUCACUCACUAUUUUUCUCCUGAAGUAUAACCCUCUGUAAAUGUCUCUAUCUACUUUACCUUGACUAAUUUGUAGCCUUCUAAUUCCUGGAAUUUCUCUUUAAUUUCUGUUCAAAACUCUUGCAGGACCAUUUUAUCUGUGUCACAGGUCUAGACUUCUCAAUAUAAACACUACAGUGUGCUUGUGUUUCCUAUGCAAAGGCAAUAUCAUCUCACAUUGCCUUUCACACGGUACAAGUGACUUUAUAACAGGAGUAUUAUCUGUGGGGGCUGCUCUGGACAGCAAAUAUCUUUUUCAAGUCCAAUCUCAAUAUUAAACCUAUUUUUAAAUAAAACUCCUGGCUUCCUAAAUUAAUUCCUGUGCACUUGUAAGAUGGAAGUGCUUGAUCCAAGACUACAGCAGGUCCUGCCACAUAAUUGUGCUUCACGCCCCCUUGCUGCCUCUGACAUAUUCCUGUGGUGAAAUCCUUACACACAGCUCACGUCGUUUUGCUCUUCUGUCAUUCCUUUCUUCCACAUUUUCCAGUUUUGUUCUUGACAUGUAUUUUAGCAUACCAUGUUCUUUGAAUUUUGUAGGUGAAAAUUAUGGUUUGCUUCAUUUCCGGUAGUGCAGGCCUCUGAUUGUUGCUCUGCUUUCAGAGAGGGAUAAAUGCAUCCGCAGAGCACAGUGCCUUGUUCCCCCGCCGCUGCUCCCUGGGGCAAGGGCAUUAGAAGCACACAACUAUUUAGGACCCUCUUUAGGUAAGCUGUUCAGUUUAUCCAGACAUUGUAGCUGGUGUUUAAUUGUGCUAUACAUUUCUUCAAAUUGUUAUGAAUAUUUAAUGAUUUUCAGAAUUUGUUUGAAAGUAAGGAUUGACUUAUUUAGUGACUGUGUUUUUUCCCACUCUAAUAUAAAAAGGAGCCAGAAAUAAGUCUGUUUCUAAGUAAUUUUAUAAAUCCAUCUAGGCACUAUAUAUUCCCUGUACACACUUUGCUAUGCAUGUUUGCAUUUGACUAAACUCUGAUACUGCCAGCAUUACCAAUUAUAAAUACUUGACUAUGCUGAUUGAUGGAACAAAAUUGAAGUGUUUUCAGGGAUAUUAUUCCAUGUGUCACCACCAAAGAUUUCUACAGUAUUAUAAAGCAUGAAAAUAUACCAAAUUUAU